AUGGCAGACCUGGGCUGCAAAAAGCCCAGCGACUGCACGGUCUCCAGGCUCCUCAGCGUCGUGGAGAGUGAACUCCGGGCUGGGAGAGACAAAGGCGACCCCACGGAGAAACAGCUCCAGGUUGUCUUGGAGGAUGCGACGCUCUGGCAGAGAUUCAGGGAAGUCACUAAUGAGAUGAUCGUGACCAAGAAUGGCAGGCGAAUGUUCCCUGUUUUGAAGAUCAGCGUGUCAGGCUUGGAUCCAAAUGCCAUGUACUCUUUCCUGCUGGACUUCGCUCCGACCGACGGCCACCGCUGGAAAUACGUCAAUGGGGAGUGGGUACCAGCUGGGAAACCAGAGCCACCAAACCACACCUGUGUCUACAUCCACCCAGACUCUCCCAACUUUGGGGCCCAUUGGAUGAAAGCUGCCAUUUCCUUCAGCAAAGUCAAACUUACAAACAAGCUCAAUGGGAGUGGGCAGAUAAUGUUGAACUCCCUGCACAAAUACGAGCCCCAGGUGCACAUAGUUCGCGUAGGAGGCCCCCACCGGAUGGUGAUGAACUGCUCCUUCCCUGAGACCCAGUUCAUAGCAGUGACUGCCUACCAGAAUGAAGAGAUAACAGCUCUCAAAAUCAAGUAUAAUCCCUUUGCCAAAGCCUUCCUGGAUGCAAAGGAAAGAAACCAUUCUAAGGAUGCUCCAGAGACAGUCUCUGAAGGUCAGCAUAUGACAUAUUCUCACUGUAAGGCUGCCCACAGCUGCGAGAGAUACUCAGCCCUGCGAGGCCAUCGGGCUGCUCCAUACCCACCCUCCUACAUGCAGAGGAAUCACUCCCCUACAGUUAAUUUAUUGGAGAGCUCCAGCAAUAAUCUUCAGGUAUUCUCAGGACAUGACAACUGGACUUUGCCAUCCUCUCCACACACGAAUUUGCUGUCACUGCCACAUACAAAGGGAGGUACCAGCCCUGGACCCAGCCACUACCCUUGCAUGUGGACAGUGAGCAACAGUGCUGUAAAUGUUGCCAACCCAGGAAGUGAGGUGAACAGCAGCCCUCCAAGCAUGUUUUUAAGGGGUAAUGUCCCCUUACCUGCUGCAUCAUCAGUGCAAAUCCCUCUGCAGGGAAUGAUGUCUGGCAGCAUGGAAACACAAGGGGAAGGGACCCUCACCAGACUGUCUGACUCUGCGUGGACAUCCUCACACUCCUUUUAAUGGACAGGCAGCUCCCCAGGGAAGCUGAGCCAACCAAGACUGACACAAAUGGCAAAUGAUCCCCAAGGAGUGCAGUGCAGAGCAGAAUGUAUGCAGGAAAAGGACUUCAUCACUUCCCAUAAUGUACCUUUUGUGUGCCAGCUAAGUGAAAAUGCAAAGGCAGGAAAUAUUAUAGGAACCAGCUUGUUACUGCAGCUUUCAUGCGUCAUUCAGGAUGAUGUCCAGAAAGAAUCUUUUUAGUUAGCUUUGCUUCUAUAUCACAUAAAAAAUGGCCAGAGACAUGGGACUGAGUGAAGCAGGCAUGGCAGCUGGAUACUUAAAUGCCAUUUUAGAAGUUCCUUCUGUAACUUACAGCCAAGUCCAGGGAAAAUUCUGAGCAAGUUUGCAACUGGUCAUUUGAAGGGACAGCACUGCUUUAAAGGCUUU